GGUGGCGCUCGUCCGACUCCGGCCUUGCCCGGCUGACGGUUUCGGCGCUCCGGCUGUCCAGUCAUGAACCGGUUUGGUACGCGGUUAGCGGGCGCCGCGGCCGCCCCGCCGCCGCCGACCACGACGACGACGACGACGAAAGCCCGGAGCAACGAGAACCUGGACAAAAUCGACAUGUCUUUGGAUGAUAUUAUCAAAUUGAAUCGAAAGGAAGGAAAGAAGCAAAACUUUCCAAGACUGAAUAGACGACUUCAGCAAACUAGUACCCGUCAAUUCAGGAUGAGAGUACGAUGGGGAAUCCAACAGAAUUCUGGAUUUGGUAAAACUAGUAUGACCCGUAGAGGAAGAGUCCUGCCUGGAAAGAGACGUCCUUACGGAGUUAUCACCGGCCUUGCAGCUAGAAAAACAACUGGCAUUCGAAAAGGAAUUAGUCCUAUGAACCGUCCUCCUCUAAGUGACAAGAAUAUAGAACGAUAUUUUCCUGCAUUAAAAAGGAAGGCAAAUCUUCUGAAACAAAGUGAAGUACCAAGGAAACCAGUUGCAGUUCUUAAGAGACCUAACCAGUUAAAUAGAAAAAAUAACAUCCCAGCUAAUUUUGCCAGGAGUGGAAAUAAAUUAAGUCAUCAGAAAGAUACUCGUCAGGCAACUUUUCUUUUCAGAAGAGGCCUGAAGGUUCAAGCCCAGUUGAACUCAGAACAGCUGCUGGAUGAUGUGGUAGCAAAGAGAACUCGUCAAUGGCGGACUUCUACCACAAAUGGAGGGAUUUUGACUGUAUCCAUUGAUAAUCCUGGAGCAGUACAGUGCCCAAUAACUCAGAAACCACGAUUAACUCGUACAGCUGUACCACCAUUCUUGACCAAACGAGAGCAGUCUGAUGUAAAGAAAGUUCCUAAAGGUGUCCCUCUACAAUUUGACAUAAACAGUGUUGGAAAACAGACAGGGAUGACUUUGAAUGAACGAUUUGGGAUACUCAAGGAACAAAGAUCUACCCUCACAUUCAACAAAGGAGGAAGCCGCUUUGUAACCGUGGGGUAGAGCCCAUGUCAACAGAACUUUUAAAUACUGACUGUUUGAAAAAUUGAAUUGCUUGAAGAGUUCAUAACAGAAUUUCAAGAAACUUCAAAAUAUUCACAAGGCUAAAUAACUUUAUUUUUGAAGGUUUUGGUUUCUUCUUCUUCUUUUUUUUUUUUUUUUGUAAUGUAUAAAUAAUACCCUGAAAGAAUAACAGGGACUAUCCCUUUCAGUUCUUAAGAUUUCAUGUUUGGCCCAAACAGAGUAGUUCUCUGUUGAGUUCUUUGGUUCCUCGUGCAGCAGAAGUAAGACAGAAAGAUAGAAAAUGAUUAUUUUUAUGAUAGUGAUAUUUAGAAUAGUAACCUUUACCCACUUUUUAUUUUAAGAUUUUGCCAUGGUAAAUCUUAAUUGUCAGAAAUAUGAGUAGGCCCCUUUGUUGUUGUCACUUGUCCAUUAAUAGUGUUGAUGUAAUAAAUGCAACCGCCUUUUCUCCAUUGAGAUAGUUCAAUACCUUUUUAAAAAUAUUCUCAGUUUUGGCUUUUAAGAUUUAUGGAAAUAACUGGAACUUGGUCCAUUUUUUCAGGUUGUAUUAGCAUAAACCCCAGAGUUGUAAAUAUUUAAUGCUGAACUUUUAGCAAGGACUUUGAGUCAAAAAUGUUGUUUCAAGACUUUAAAUGCAUAUUUACAAAGUUAUUUGAUAGGACCUUGAUGAAGAAGGUCUGAUAAAAGAAUCUGAAAGUUUUGUGUUUAAUAAAUGAAGACAACAUGAAAGGAAAUAGCAAGUUGAAAGACUGAAAGCAGGUGAAUAACUUCAAAUCCCAGAUCAUAGUUACAUUCUUUGGAUUUAAGGUAGACCUGAGCCUAGUUGCUACAAAUUCUAUAAAUGGUGUUUAUUAGAAUUACAGUUUUUAAAGUAGAUUGAGUCCCUUGGAUAUUUUGUUACUAAAUUUAAUAGCCAUAAAGUCCUACACUUCAUAUUCAAAAAGUUAAAAUUUACAAGCUUUUCAUCUUGAAAAAUUAAGCAAUUUAUAGUUCCUAAAAUAAAAAUACUUGUAUAUGUUAAAAAAAUACAAAAUUAUAUUGGAGUUACAUUGUAAUCUCAUACUUUUCACUUUAUAUUCUGUACAAUACAAAGUUGAAGCAUUUAAGGAGAGAGAAGUUUUUUUUGUCUUACUCUUGAGGGUUGAGAAGAAUUAGUCUAAUGUGCCAAGAGUCCUCAGAUAUUUGUAUACCAUAAGUGGACAGUAAAAUGCCAAUGUUCAACAAGAUAUUCCAGCUGGCAGUUAACAAAUUGGGUCAUUUUGAAACUUGACCUUUUGGUUUUUCAUAAUUUUCAAACUUCUGAGUAGAUGGUGAAGUAUGUUUAGUGUUGGCUUCUCUUAUAAAACAGAAACAAAGCAUUAUGCCUUCAUGUAUUCUAGGCUUCACUGUUUCUCAUGUUCCUUGAGCUUCUUAAUGGUUUGUGCUGGCCAUGUAAAGUUACUGGUAACAGUUCCAUGCUUAUACCAAAGAAUUAAAUCUGAUUCUUCAUAUCUGAUAUUUUGGCAGUACUUCUACUUGACAAAGGAUUUUUGGAAGCCAAUCACAGAAUUUGAAAAUAAACAAAUUUCUACAUAACUAUGAUGCUUUCAUAGAGGCCCAAGAACUUGUUCUAAAAACAUGUUUGCUAAUACAAAUAUUUAUAUUUGGUCAGGAAUAAAAAAAUUGAGGGUGGUUUAGACUUAAUGGUAUUUUAAGCAAAGAAAAAGCAACUGAGCACGAGUUUGCUAUCUUUAGAACAGUUUAUGCAAAUAUGGUAUAAAGAUCUUACUUUAAUAUUAUUUUAAAUAUUGAGAGGUAUUAAUGCCAUCUUUUUUGGAAAACCAUUAAAUUGCUCUAAAUGUUGGCAAUAAGUUUAUCAAAGGGUUGUCUUUGGUGUAUUAAACAUUUGCUCUUCAUGCAUCUUUAAUUUUCUUUCAAAGUCAAUUUUGCCUUUGAGUGCUUACAUGUUGUAUAUAAACACAGCAAUAUACUUCGUUGCAGGAAAUUUUCCUUUCUUGGAAUGUGGUUGUAGUCAUCCUUGUUCAGUUCCUGAAUUUUGUUUUCUUUUUAAACAGGAUGCAAUUUAUAAUUUCCUUUGCAUCAAGGUGUAUGCAAAACAUUGAUGCAGUGCAUCACAAAAUGAAAGUUUGUAUUUAAUGAGGAGGUGCUUUACACUGUACUUUUUGGUGUUUUUUGGUAAAGGUACAUUUAGAUCUGAAGCUGUUCAUUUUUAACAAAUAACAUGUAACAGGUUCCACAUGAGUUAUUCUUAGCUACAGAUGUUGAGCUAUGGUUUUUAAAUUGUUCUGUUAACAAAGAAUUUUGUAAUCGUUUAUAUUUAUGGUGUUUAGGAAUUGAAAACGUACCUAUCAACUAAAUUGGGUAAAUCAACCUAUACUCUUCUAUUGGUAUUCUUUUAAUGGUCUUUGGCCAUUUUAUUCAUAACUUCACCAUGAGGAAUCCAGGUGAUCCUCCUGUCUCUGCCUCCCGAGUGCUGGUAUUAAAGGUGCGUGCCACCACACCCAGCUAAAAAUAUAUAUUUUUUAAUGAUACUAAAGGGGCUGGAGAGAUGGCUCAGUGGUCCAGGCAGUUGCUUAUCAACCUUGGUUCAAUUCUCCAGUACCCACAUAAAGCUAGAAGCACACAGUGGCAUGUACAGGAGGCACUGGCACUCACUCUCUCCCCACUCCUCAGAACUCACAUAAACCAGAUUACAUGGUGGCACGAAUUCAUGCCUGGUACUAAAAACACAAGUCAAAAGCCCGUGGCUGGCUAGUCAGAUGUGGCAGCAUAUAUCUUUAAUCUAAGCAUUCAGGGACAAAAGGAGGAUCACUGUGAGUUCAAGGCCAGCCUGGGGAAGAGUGAGAAUCUACCUUGAGAAAAAAAUGAGCUAAUGUCUGGGAAGGUCAUAGGCCCUGGGAGGGAAGCUACUGUUGUUUGGCUAAAUGGAUAUGUUGUAUACAUCAAAUAUUUACUUCUGUAUAAACUCACCUUUAGUCAGAGGUGUUUUUUUUUUUUUCUCUCUUGCCCCUAGUGGUGACUACUAGGGAAGCUCAAAUCUCAUCAAGGUGCUUGGAAUAAAUGACUGUGCUCAGUGCUAAA